UCCUAUAGAUUCACAAGAACAUCACUUUUUAAUUGGGGGAGGUUUGGGGAACAUCUGUAACGGUCCCCGUUACAAUUAGAACUAGUUUACUAUUGUUAUACCCCUAUAAAACAGUUUCUAUAUAACUCCUUACAAAAAGGUCUAACAUUUCGACUGUUCCGGCGACUGUUGGACCGGGAACUGUUAAAAUCGACUGUUAAAAAAAGACUGUUGACCGAUGACGUCAUAUGGCGCUAACUCGAGUUAUCUUUUCAUGCCGUUUGGAUAAAGAGAAAUGGCGGAUGCAUAUUUUGCGACAGCAACGGACGAUGAAAUUCAAUUAAUUCUUCAAAGUAGGGACUGCAAGAACAUAAAAAAAAUAUUUGUUCAUCAUUUUCUAUAAUCAAUUGUAUAAGAUGAAGUUUACUUAUUUUUGUUUUAUUCGUGUUAAAGUUGUUAUACGUAAGUCACAUGAUUCUUGGUCUGCUGAUUUAUUUACGUAAUGGAGAGGUUCACUGAUUUGACUGAUGAUGAAAUACGGAAUUUAUUAGAUGAAAAGCAGAAUAGUUACACGAAAAAUAUAAUUAUCAAUAAGGAUAUUGGAUAUGUUUUCUUUCGGUGAUAAAUGUACGCAAUCACACUGUCCCGUUUAAAGUCAACAAAUCAUGUGCACCUAGUAAAAACAACCUUAAGAAUGAAGAUGUAUAACAAAACAGUUAUUAACUGGGUCCUCGGACAACAGCUGUUUUGUUUGACCCUCGAACGGAUCGGCUUCGGGCAACAGACCCGUUCUCGGGUAAAACAAAACAGCUGCUGUCCUCGAACCCAGUCAAUAAUUGUAUACUGUUAUCAAGUGAUAAGCUGUAUAUGUGAAAACAAUUCUUGUUGAAGGAUUAGACAUAUUAUUCCUUUAUGAAAUCAAAUCAUUCUCCAUUUUUGAUAUAUACAUUGUAGUAUGCACGAAGUUGAUAUUCAUAUUAUCUUGUGACCUCGAAAUCGCCCCUAAUCUGAAUGACUGAUGCGUUUGAAAAUUCCCUAAUGUACAUAAAUAAUCUCAUAAUACAAAAGGGGCCUCCGUGGCCGAGUGGUUAGAGCAUCGGGCUCAAAAUCACACGGCCUCUCACUUCUGUCGACGCGGGUUCAAAUCUCGCUCGCGCCGGUAAAUGAGAAAGUUUCCCAGUUUACGUUCGGAAGGUCGGUGGUCUCUUCACAGGUACAUUGUAUCUGGGUUCUCUCUUCCACCAAUAAAAACUGGGUGCCACCAGAUAACUGAAAAAUUGUUGAGUGUGGCGGAAAACAUCAAUCAAUCAAUCACCCUAAAAUUGAGAUUUUCAGUGAAAUUCGUGCACAGGGUUGAAUUAUACACAUAAAGUAUUUCGUACAUGUAAUUGCUAAUAAUUUUAGAUUGCUCAGAGGUGUAUCAAUCAUGCAUAAAAAUGUUUGCAUAUUUUAGAUUUACCUUCUUUAUUCGACAUAAUUCAAUCAAAUCCUCAUUUCCUUCAUUAUGACUGAUUUACAAACUCACGUAUCUAUUUAACUCAUAUAUCUAUUUUUCCCAUUGAAAACUUCUUAUCACCGGUAUACCCUAACAAUCUAUAGUUGAUAACUGCAAAUAAAUACAGAAUAAUAAAGUUUUAACUGUGUUAGUUUUGUAGAUACAAUAUGACGUUUAGGUCUAUUUAAAUACAAACUCCUAAAUCUCAUUGUAUGAUAUGUUAUUCUAUUGAAUACACACACAUGAUUAUAUCUUCUCAUUGUCCCAUUUUCGAACGGAACAUUAAAGAAUACACAAUCAACAAAGUACAUGAAAUGUGGACCGAAACAUCUAUAGGACGAACUGACAAACAUGAACUUAUGGCUCCUCUUCGGCUUCCAUACUUACACGCACACAUCACACACUCACUAGGAACAAACCGAAAGUAUGUUUAACUCUCCUCUAAAAAGUCGUAUGCGGUAGUGGAUAAUGAAGACUGUGAUAUCAAAAAAUCAAUAAGAUGAUUAACACACUUGUGCCAGAUGUACAUUAUGAUGUUAAGUUCUAUAUUUUUGUUACUUAAACGAGACCACAAUAACGAAACUAGGAUGGUUGGUUUUCCCAAAAUGGAAUUUCCCAAAUAGAAUAACAUCUGUGUAACCUCUUCCGGGUUAAAGUACGGAUACUUUUAUUUGGAGUUAUGAACAGUGAAAAAGUCGCUUGACGACCUAGUCCAAGUAUGUCGGUAAUAUUAAGGGUGCGGAUAGUUUAAGGUGCCAUGUCCUCCGUCCUUGAUAAAAACUACAGCUUUUCCUCGAAUUAUCAUUGGAAUACUUCUGAUAUCCUGGGGCGUGGAGCGACUGCUGUAGUUUAUAAGGCCAGGGAUAAGACAUCAGGAGAGGUAUUUGCUGUUAAAGUGUUCCACGAGCGUGUUUCCGCGUUCCAUUCCUCUGUUCCGGAACGGGAGCUAGAACUUCUCCUGAAAAUGAAGCACCACAAUAUCAUCGGCAUACUUGGACGAGAGAAGGAGGUAUCCACUGGGAAUGACGUCAUCAUAAUGGAAUAUUGCUCAGGCGGAAGUCUGUAUGCGAUGCUGGACAAGCCUAAAUAUUCCUUUGGAUUCCCAGAAGAGGAAUUUUUAAUCGCUGUACAAGAUAUCAGUGAUGGUAUGGAGUAUCUUCGAAAAAUCCAAAUAACACACAGAGAUAUCAAGCCUGGCAACAUUAUGCGGAAGAUCGACGAAAAUGGAAAAUCAAUCUAUAUGCUGACGGAUUUUGGUGCUGCAAGAACACUAAAUGAAGAGGAAACUUUUACUUCUAUAUACGGAACAGAGGAGUAUUUGGAUCCAAACAUGUUUGAACGUGCAGUACUACGAAUGCCUACCGGAAAUGUUUAUGACGCUGACGUAGAUCUAUGGAGUUUAGGUGUCACUAUAUAUCACGUAGCGACUGGUUCAUUGCCCUUUCAACCUUAUGGAGGAAGAAGUAAUGCGAAAACUAUGCAUUUUAUUACAACUCAAAAAAAAUCUGGAGUAAUAUCAGGCGUGCAGCGUAAGGAAGGCGGAGAAAUUGAAUGGCAUACUGAACUUCCUAGAACCUGCUGUUUAUCAUCGUCACUUAAAUCCUUAAUAACGCCAUUGAUAGCUGGACUGCUAGAGAGUAAUAUGAAAAAGCGAUGGAGUUUUGAAGAAUUCUUUCAUACUAUAGAUAGAAUUAUGAACAAAAUUACUGUUAAAAUAUUUGAUUGUUCCACUGGAAUUAAUAAUAAACUAUAUAUCGACAAAUCUGAUAGGUACGCCCAAUUCCAGGAGCUAGUGGCGGUAACAACAGAGAUAACAGCAUCAGAACAACUUAUUCUCUUCCACAACCGUGAAUUAAACGAAAUAAUCGAAGGAACUUUGGAGAUACACAGCUGGCCAAAGAAUAUAUUACGUGGACAAUUGUAUCUGUAUCAACGGGAAAAAUUAGACCAACAAAGACUUGUUUUACCGGAAAUACCACCUUUGCCACAAUUCCCGGCCAAGGUCACCUUCGAUCGAGACUGCUAUGUUGCACAUAAAAUGGCCGCUAUCUCCUGCCUAAUGGAGCGUUACGUGGCGUCAUGUAUAACUCAACAAGAGAUUAUGUUGCAAUCUGAAACCUGUCUAAGAGACUUUAUCUUACGAAUAACACGGAAAAUAAAUAACUGUAUUCCGGAUAUGUGUAAAGUUCUGAUGGAACAUAAGUCCCGCCAAGACCUGUUCUACAGUUGUUACGAAGCGAUGUGGAGGAACAGUAGUGCCGUGAUGUCAAAGUCUGUAAACACCACUUCUACACAGCUCAAACAAUUGUUGGAUCGACUACAGAGUGCUAUAAACGACAGAAAUCCGUGGACUGUGUUAACCAAGGCAGAGUCCCGAUCUCAGGAAUGUAAAGUUUAUAUGGAGGUUCUGAUGCAGAAAAUUAAAGAACAGGAAGACGAGGCUUUAGCUGUUUGUGUUGGAUGUCUGGAGGAGGACCACUGUUUCCAGAAAGCAGAAUACAUAAGUUCUAAAGUUUGCGAUAUUCACCAAGUCUUCGUCCGUCAAAAGAAACAGAAAUAUCUUCCGGAUGAGGAAGCGUUCGGCCAUGAGGCUGAUAGAGCAAAAUUGAUGGAUCUUUGUGUACAGAUUGUCUCCCUUUUACAAAGCCACUGUCUGUUGAACCUUACUAGAGUGUACAAUGUCGUUGGGAAACAAAUAUCAUUGUUGUUAAAAAACCUACAAAGGACCAAGAAGGUGGAGCAGAACAUUACGUCAGUCACCGAAUGCUGUGAAAAACUAAGUAAACGCCUGGAGAAGAUGGAGAAGGAAUGUAAAGACGUCUCCGCUAAACUGCCUCCGCUUAUAAUGUCGAUUCUUGAAAAUCAUCCCGGUGUAGUGAUAGAUCCAAAGGAUAGUGGAAUCGAAUCUUCCAAAGAAUCUAGCCAGGAUACAGCGUAUGGAAGUUAUUCUGCCAAAAGACCCAGUCAGGAUGUCUCUGAUCCUGGAUAUGAGACAGGGAAAACUGAUUCAGCGGCUGGUGUACAAGAGUCUAUAGAUAGAUCAAGUUACUGCAGUAUUGCUGAUAAACUUGAACAGGGGUUCCAAUCUUUACACAAGGACAGCAUUUUCGUGCGUGAGGGGUUAGAUAAAAAUAAACAGCUACUGGUGGAACAGGGAGAAAUGUUGGAUCAUCUUAAUACUAUUAAAUUGUCAUGAUCCUCGGAAACAGCAUGGCGCUUACCUCUGAUAGCUGCUACAACAAUAGAAUUCUCGAAUGAGUAGUUCGGCUGAUACAGGAAAUCCCAAUAUUUCCUACGAGAAUGACCUCCAGGCCAAGGAUGGGUACAGAAUGGCCAAAAACGAAACGUAUUUGGGAAGGUCAAAGUUGACAGUUUGAAGAACAUAAAAGAGAUUCGUGUCAUAAAAUAAAAGAAAUAUUGAAUGUAAGAUAAAAAUGGAUGCGAGAAAUCAAAAUCGGGAAAAGUACAUGUAUGAUUAAAUAUAAGGAUCCCGAUAUCGACCCUUGAAAGAAAAAUCAUUGAUUCAGUAUGGAAGUCCUCUCUGAACAUCAAACAGUUAUCUACCAUGAUAAUUUCGGUGACAAUGGAUUUUGAACGGUGGUUUAAGUUUGCUGUAUACUACUAUCAACCAUCAAUUUCAAUUAUUCCCCUUUGUGGGGUCAGUCAAAGGUCAAGAGGUGAAUCCUUUAGAUUACCAAACACGAGAUUACACCUUUGAAUUAUAGCUAAUUAUUAAGUUUUCAUACAAACUUUAUGGGUUAUCCCACCUUGGGGCAUUAUUGUAGUUGACUGCAAUUAAUGAAAAAACCCCAAAAAACUAACAAAUGUCAAAGCUAAAGAUAAGAAAAUCACAAAGGCCAACGUAAAGAAAUAAGAUUUUUUCCCACCCAAAAUAGUGGACAAAGGGUGUAACUUGCGGCGAGUAAAUGUGGAGGUGGGGGAAUGUUUGAAAACGCCGAUUUAACAUUUAGAUACAAUCAGAAACAACAAAAACAAACGCGACUAAAGCGAAUAACCAAGAACAAAUCUAUCAAAUAGAGCAAGAAUGAUUGCAAAUGACACAUCACACAGAAUACAAUGAAAUAAGGAACAAUCCAGACAUGACAGGAUAUUGCUUAAUACACUGAACCCCGGCUAUCCCAUGAGGUGCCAUUACAGGAACAUGCAGGGGUUGUACAAAUAUCGUUUAUGAAGAGACUUACGUGGGAAUGAUUACCAACGAUCUGCAACACAUUACAAAACACAGUGAUAUAUAAAUAGAGUGAUUUUGAGGUGCUUGGUAUACAAUUUGAUAUGAUAUUAAUUUUAAUAAGUUUCUUUGAUAACUCAUUAUGAUAGAAGAUGAUUUAACCAGUUUUGUUUACUUAUUAUUUGUUUUUUUGUUUAUGGAGUCUGACGUGUUUCACACCGAUUGUUAUACCGUACUUGGCACACUGAUUGUGACUACGGAUUACUCCGUUUUAUAGUGCUCACGGCAGCUGUGAUCAGUCAACAGGGGAUGUUCACCCCUCCUAGGCGCUUUAUCUCCAGGGGUCCGUGUUUGUCCAACUCUCUAUUUUGUAUUCGUUAACUCUAUUUUGUAUUCAUUAUCGGAACUGUGAGAUUGAUCUUCACCUUCCUGAUGGAAAUAACUUUACAGAUUAAUGGAGACCUCUGCAAUUCUAUUUCUGUGUGUUCAUGUUGCUAGAAUCUAUUCUGAAAUGUAUUACUGGUUUAACGGUUGAUUGCCGUAGUGUGUGGGUGACUUUUGUACAUAUGUAAAUAGCUUGUAGUGAUGGUGCAAUAUAAGAUACUGAUAUGGACAUUUAUAGCAACUCUGAAUUAGAAAGCAACAAUGUCUAAACAACUUUAAACCAGACAUAAACGAUUGCAUAUUGUUUUCCUUUAGCAAAUUCCUAGUCAAUGCGCAAGUACCAGGGGUUGUAUAUCACUGAGGAAACAUUCAGUAUCAGAAUUUUAUCUGAUUGUUUGUAGCUUCUAACAUGAUACAGUGUAUUGUAAAUUCUUGGAUUUUCUAUGUCUAAACCAUUGAUAUCUCGUUGACGACUAGAAAAGCAACAUGGAAUAUAAAUGCCCCCCCCCCCCCCCCCCCCCCCCCCCCUAUAUAUAUAUAUUAUAUAAAUCUUCAGGAGCUUCUAAUGAUUUGAAAUGAAAGCGCUAAAGCUUUACUAAACGUCUUCGUUUAUCUUAUUUAUUUAUUGUUUACCUAUAUAUAUAUAUAUAUAUAUAUAUAUAUAUAUAUAUAUAUAUAGUCAUAGUUGUUUGCUCUAUCUGUUGAUUGAAGUGCAACGAUGAAAAGACGUUUAGUUGAAGUACGAAAAGCACUUGCCUUUGAGCUAACUCUUACUCGGUUAAGAGUGAAAUAUUUGAAACUUUUUACAUCUUGUGUAAAAAUUCCAUAGUCUUGAUAAAAACUUCGGAGUUUUGAAAUAUAUUUUCUUUUCUUUUGUUUUUAUACCCAAGUGCCAACAUAUAGACUUUGAUUUUAAAUUGAAUAAAUGUAAACAAGGUGUUCAUUUAAAGAUUUUAUAUGUAUGACUGCAAUUCUGUAUGAACUGUUUGUGUACAUUGUACAUCAGUGUAUAGCGAAUGCAAAUAAUUGUACUUUACACAUACCGUGUUUAUGUAGAAUGAAAGGUGAGAGUAUUUAAACAGACAACCAGAAGCAGGGGCAAAUUUAGUUCUUUUAUUUCAAUGAUUAUAUUGAAGUCACAUUGCACGAAAAGCGAUAACACAGGCAGCGACUAUAUGUGAUGUAAAUAUACGGGGAAUACAAUGGUUCAAUGAUAUUUUGAUGUUUUAUAUAUUAUAUAAUACCGCGGGAAAUAACCAUGUUUGUAAAAUUUAAUUAUUUUGUUAUUUUACCAUUAUACAUGCAUGUAUAUAUUAUAUUAUCCAAGCGAUAGUAUUUUUGUCUGUUUAAUUUUUUCCCCCAUAUAUUAUCUGUGAUAUAAUACACAUGAUGUUUUUACAUGUAGUGCAACGUUUGAAUUGUAUCAUCUUCCUACUCUUAGUAGCGAUGCCCAAGGGUAGGCGAUAUACCACUGAAUGUCAUAUUCUAAACUUUAAUGUACAUGUAUAUAAUUCAUACGUACAUAUAUGUAUUUACAGUUUAUGUAAAAUCAUUUAUCUUCAUAUGUAACGGGUGUUUCAAAAAUUAUUUGCUUAAAUCAACGUAUGAUUUCAAUGUUUAUUUAAUGCACAUAACAUGUUAAACUUCAAUGACACUGAAAAAUAAUGGCUAAAUACAACGUCUUAAUAAGACAUUUGUGUUCAGUAAUAAAGUGAUUAUGAAUUAACA